AUGUUUCCUCGUAGGCAGGACUACGGGAUGAAAAGGACCGGAGGAGUGCGGAGCGGCUCCUUUAUGAACUUUAGGACAACGGUGAACUCGGGCUCCGUGCGCCGCAGCUCCGCGGUGCUGCCGUCGGUGCUAACCUUCCUGGUGAUCGUAGCGUCCGGAGGCCUGCUGCUCAUGAUAGAGAAAGGAAUGCUGAGCAGCAUGGAGACGCCUCCACCACGGGGAAACAGCAAGCGGCUGGACUUCGUCCGCCAGGUUGGGAAACACAACCCGGCCGCUGUGGACGUGGACUCCCAGAUCCUCCAGGAGAUCCGUAACCGGACCAUCAGGACCAUGUGCAGCCAGAAGAACACGCCCCACAGCGUCUGGUCCCUGAGCCCUGCGCAGAGGAAGACGCUGUUGCAGCACAUCCUAGUAAAUGAUCAGUACCACUUCCUCUACUGCUACGUCCCCAAAGUGGCCUGCUCCAACUGGAAGAGGGUUCUGAAGGUUCUGAGCGGAGCGCUGGAGAGCGUGGACGUCAGUAUCAAGAUGGACCACCGCAGCGACCUGCUAUUUUUGUCCUCUCUGAAACCUGAGGAGAUCCGGUACCGCCUCAAGCACUACUUCAAGUUCAUGUUUGUGCGGGAGCCUAUGGAACGGCUGCUUUCUGCAUACAGGAACAAGUUUGGAGAGAUUCAGUCCUACCAGAAAAAGUACGGCGUGGAGAUAAUAAAGCGCUACAGAAAAGGUCUUGCUAAGGACGCGGCUGUAACAGGAGAUGAUGUGACCUUUGCAGAGUUUGUCCAUUACUUGCUGGAUGAGGACGUGGAGCACAUGAACGAGCACUGGAUGCCGGUUUACAACUUAUGCCAACCUUGUGCUGUGAAGUACGACUUCAUCGGCUCCUAUGAGCACCUUGAAAGCGAUGCAGAGUUUGUGCUCCAGCGCAUUGGAGCGCCUCCCUAUGUUCACUUCCCAGAGAGGCAAACGUGGUACAAGCCGGUCACCACAGAGACGUUACACUAUUAUCUGUGCAGCUUACCACGGAAGCUACUGAGGGAACUGCUGCCCAAGUACAUCUUAGACUUCUCCCUCUUCACUUAUCCUCUCCCCCAACACAACCACUGAACACUGUCGGCAUUAAAUGUACAAUGUUUUAUAGUUCUGAGAUUAUUUUUUAUAGAUUAAUUUGUACAAACUGUAUUGUGAUAGCUGUUACACAUUUUUACUUGAGAUGUUUGAAUAUCAUUGCAAAAUGCUGAGUAUUGGAAGAGAUGGAGACUCGUCUUCAAAACCACUAAAGCUUGAAAUUAGUUGGGGGGGUGGGGGGGGUCCUGUAAAUCACUUUGUCCAAUCUCAACAUGUUCCUGUCAUGCACUGUUACAGUAAGCGCACCAUUUCAGUAUACAAUAAUAGAAAUGGAAAUAAGGUUGCAAGACCAAACUUUGUAUUUUGCUUGUUUCCUCAUCUACACUUUGGAGAAGAUAAAUCUUGGCUUUAGUGGGCACUCGGUGGUUUAGCAGGCUAAAACACACGCCAUGUACUCACAGGUUGGUGGGUUUUAAAUCCAGCUCGUGUCGUUUUUGUUGUACGUCACAGCCUCUCCUUCCCGCCCGUCUCCCAACUUUCCUAUAACUUUAUGGGCUAUUUACCUUGUAUUAAAACAAAAGUUCAAGUUUUGUGAUGCAA